UUUGUGUGUGUGAGCUGCAUAUGUAUAUAAAAAUCAAGAAAAAGGUUGGUUAUCGUCAUUUGCGCCCUCAGGAAAUGUAGCCUCUCUCGCAGACCCAGCUCGUCUCGGCUGCAGAGCCCUUCUCUGUGUGCCUUUCUUUAUGAGCCAAAUGCAGUAAGAGGUACUGAAUAUGCCUCGCAGUCCAACAUCGAGUGAAGAUGAGAUGGCUCAGAGUUUUUCAGAUUAUUCAGUUGAAUCUGAAUCGGACAGCUCCAAAGAAGAAACCAUUUAUGAUACUAUCAGGGCUACAGCAGAGAAGCCAAGUAGCAGGAUGGAAGACACUCAGAGCAACACAUUAGUGAUACGGAUUAUAAUACCUGACCUACAGCAAACGAAAUGUAUUAGAUUUAAUCCUGAAGCUUCAGUAUGGGUAGCAAAACAACGAAUUCUUUGCACAUUGAAUCAAAGUUUGAAAGAUGUUCUCAAUUAUGGCUUGUUUCAACCUGCAAACAAUGGGAAAGAUGGGAAAUUUUUGGAUGAAGAGCGACUUCUUAUGGAAUAUCCACAACCUAUAAAUAAGGGUGUUACAUCCUUAGAGUUUCGGUACAAGAAAAGGGUAUACCGCCAAUUUGAUCUUGACGAAAAGCAGCUAGCGAAGCUCAAUACCAAGGCUAAUUUUCGAAAAUGUAUGGACAAUGUUCAUCACCUAUCAGUUGAAAAAAUAACAAAGAUGCUGGAUCGGGGCCUUGAUCCUAACUAUCAUGACUUAGAAAGUGGAGAAACCCCACUGACUUUGGCAGCUCAACUUAGCAAUAGUGUGGAAGUUAUCAAAGCUCUGAAAAAUGGAGGAGCUCAUUUAGAUUUCAGAGCCAAAGAUGGUAUGACUGCAUUACACAAAGCUGCUAGAGCCAAGAACCAAGUUGCCCUGAAGAUCCUCUUAGAGCUUGGAGCAUCUCCCAACAAUAAAGAUAGCUGUGGACUGACACCAUUGUAUCACACUGCUGUAGUUGGAGGGGAUCCAUAUUGCUGUGAGCUAUUACUUCAUGAACAUGCUGCUGUGGGUUGCAAAGAUGAAAAUGGAUGGCAAGAGAUUCACCAGGCUUGUCGAUACGGGCAUGUCCAGCAUUUAGAACAUGUUCUGUUUUAUGGAGCAGAUAUGGGAGCACAAAAUGCUUCUGGAAACACAGCAUUACAUAUCUGUGCACUUUACAACCAGGACAGCUGUGCAAGAGUUUUGUUAUUGCGGGGAGCUAACAAAGAGUUAAAGAACUAUAACAGUCAGUCUCCAUUUCAGGUGGCAAUAAUUGCUGGAAAUUUUGAGCUUGCUGAAUAUAUCAAGAAUCACAAGGAAACUGAUAUAGUGCCAUUUAGAGAAGCUCCUACCUACUCAAACAGAAGACGGAGGCCCCAGAGCACCUUGACAGCACCUCGUGUCUUGCUUCGGUCCAAUAGCGAUAACAAUCUGAACAUCAACAUUCCUGACUGGUCAGCCUCUUCCUUAGCUUCUUCACACCUUAGCCUUUCGCCUCACCUACUCCAACAGAUGCAGAAUAAUCCUAAUGGAACUGUGAAAACUGUUGGGAGCUACACUUCAUCUUCUCGGAGCCGCUCACCAUCGUUAAAUAGGUUAGGAGAAGAUGCAAAGAGGCAGCAACACCGGCACAUUAGUGCCAGUUAUAACCCCAGUGCCAACAGGGAUACUAUAUCUGCCUUGGAUUAUCAGGGUGCAAAACGCAAACUUUACAGUGCUGUCCCUGGAAGAUUAUUUAUUGUCGUGAAGCCAUAUCAACCUCAAGGAGAAGGAGAAAUUCAUUUGCACAAAGGGGACAGGGUGAAAGUUUUGAGCAUUGGUGAAGGUGGAUUCUGGGAAGGCAGCACUCGAGGACACAUUGGAUGGUUUCCUGCAGAAUGUGUUGAGGAAGCUCAGUGUAAACCAAAUGAAAGCAAACCAGAAACUCGAGCAGAUAGAACAAAGAAAUUGUUUAGACACUAUACUGUUGGAUCAUAUGAUAGCUUUGAUGCUUCAAGUGACUGCAUUAUAGAAGAAAAGGCUGUGGUCCUGCAGAAAAAAGACAAUGAAGGAUUUGGGUUUGUGCUCAGAGGGGCCAAAGCUGAUACGCCAAUUGAAGAAUUCACCCCUACUCCAGCCUUUCCUGCUUUGCAGUAUCUGGAAUCAGUGGAUGAAGGUGGGGUAGCAUGGCAAGCUGGCUUGAGAACAGGAGACUUUUUGAUUGAGGUUAAUAAUGAAAAUGUAGUAAAAGUUGGCCAUAGGCAAGUGGUGAACAUGAUUCGGCAAGGAGGCAAUCACUUAGUUCUUAAAGUUGUCACAGUAACCAGGAAUCUUGAUCCAGAUGACACAGCCAGAAAGAAAGCCCCACCACCUCCAAAACGGGCUCCAACCACUGCACUGACCUUGCGGUCUAAGUCAAUGACCUCAGAACUUGAAGAACUUGAUAAAAUUGAUGAAAUAGUACCAGUUUCCAAGCCAUCAAGAAUUCCAGACAAUGCAGCCAUGGACUCAAGAGUGGCAACAAUUAAACAGCGACCUUCUAGCAGAUGCUUUCCCUCAGCUACAGAUAUGAAUUCUAUGUAUGAGAGACAAGGGAUUGCUGUGAUGCCACCAACAGUACCUGGGAGUUCUCAAGGCCCAUUUCUGGGUGUGCCACGAGGUACAGUGAGAAGGCAAAAAUCAAUAGGGAUAACAGAGGAAGAACGGCAAUUUUUGGCUCCUCCCAUGCUAAAAUUUACCAGAAGUCUAUCCAUGCCAGACACCUCUGAAGAUAUCCCUCCUCCACCACAGUCUUUACCUCCAUCACCACCACCUCCUUCUCCUUCUCUUUACAACUCCCCUAAAUCUCCAGUGUCUAGAAUAUAUGGAACAAUUAAGCCUGCAUUUAAUCAGAAUUCAGGUUCAAAGAUAGCUGUUUCAGGUAGAUCUGAAAAUAUGGGGACGGUGAUAAGGGACAAAGGGAUAUAUUACCGGAGAGAGAUGGACCGUUAUUCUCUAGAUUCUGAGGACUUAUAUAGCAGAAAUGCCUCAACUCAGGCAAGCUUCAGAAACAAGAGAGGUCAGAUGCCGGAGAACCCAUACCGUGAAGUUGGAAAAAUAGCAAGCAAAGCAGUGUAUGUCCCAGCCAAGCCAGCAAGACGGAAGGGAAUGCUAGUGAAACAAUCUAAUGUUGAGGAUAGUCCAGAAAAAAUCUGCUCUAUUCCAAUUCCAACUAUCAUUGUUAAAGAGCCAUCUACCAGCAGUAGUGGGAAAAGUAGUCAAGGAAGCAGCAUGGAAAUUGAUCCACAGUCUUCAGAGCAACCAGGACAGCUCAGACCUGAAGAUAACUUGACUGUCAGCAGUCCAUUUGCAGCAGCCAUUGCAGGGGCAGUGAGGGAUAGGGAGAAAAGAUUAGAAGCCAGGCGUAACUCUCCAGCUUUCCUUUCCACAGAUUUGGGAGAUGAGGAUGUUGGGCUAACGCCUCCAACGCCACGUGUGAGACAGUCUAAGUUUAGCGAUGAGGGAAUGUUUGGUAAUGAAGACAACUUUAGGCAACUUGUAUCACCAUCUCCUAUCCCAGCACCUAGAGAGUCUGAAAAUAUGUUUAAUAGCAGUGAAUCAAGUAAUCAAAGUGAUGCAAGGACACCAAACUCUUCAACCCAAACAUCAGUGGGUUCAGAAAAUAGUGCAUUGGCAACUCAGAAUGCUGGUAUGUCCAGUAUGGAUAACUAUGUUCAUCCACUCACAGGGAAAUUACUGGAUCCAAAUUCACCUUUAGCCCUUGCCCUUUCUGCUAGAGAUAAAGCCAUGAAAGAGCAAACACAGCAACUUCCAGGAAGAGGAGAAUCUGACAAAGCAGACCUUAAUAAACCCCUUUAUAUAGAUACAAAGAUGAGGUCCAACAUCGAAACUGCAUUUCCGGUGACUGCUACAAUUGCUAGGCAAAAUCCACGUGGUCCACUAAGAAGGCAGGAGACAGAGAACAAAUAUGAAACAGAUAUGGUGAAAGAGAGGAGGCCUGAAGAAAAGAAGAAUAUGCUGAUAAAUAUUGUGGACACCUCACAACAGAAAUCAGCUGGUUUGCUCAUGGUUCAUACAGUGGACACAGCACAGUCCAAUGACACCCCUGAAAAUGAAGAAGAAAGUGCUGAGACCGAUGUGGGUACUGGAAAGCCUCCACCGGAGGCCCAAGAAAGUACAGAAACAGCAGAAAGUGGGUUAGAUGAAACUGACAUGCCUGAGCCACCUGCAUCUCCUUGUAAAACUAUGGUAGCAGUUGGCUCUGUUGAUGAUCCAAUCAUUUUGCCAUUCCGUAUCCCUCCACCCCCUUUAGCAUCUGUCGAUCUUGAUGAAGAUUUUAUCUUUACUGAGCCAUUACCACCGCCUUUAGAAUUUGCUAACAGUUUUGAUAUCCCUGAUGACCAUUCAGUUCCAGGCUCUGCACUAUCAGACUUGCUCAAGCAGAGAAAAAAUGGAACUCCACCUGCUUCAUUUAACCCCAUUCAACCCUCAGAUUCAAUAGACAGUAAGAAACCAGUGGGUCUUUCAAACUGUUUGCCUGCCUCAUUUUUACCACCCCCUGAAAAUUUUGAUAAUGUCACUGACUCUGGGAUUGAAGAGGUGGACAGUCGAAGCAGUAGUGACCAUCACUUAGAGACAACCAGCACUAUCUCAACUGUGUCCAGCAUCUCUACCUUGUCCUCUGAAGGUGGUGAGAACUUGGAUACUUGUACAGUCUAUGCAGAUGGGCAAACAUUUCUGGUGGACAAGCCCCCAGUACCUCCCAAGCCAAAAAUGAAGCCCAUAAUCAACAAAAGCAAUGCACUUUACAAGGAUGCGCUAAUUGAAGAAACUGUAGAUAGUUUUGUUAUUCCUCCACCUGCCCCACCCCCACCUCCUAUCAGCGCACAGCCCAGUAUGGCUAAAGUUAUACAUCAAAGGACCUCUAAGCUAUGGGGUGAUGCAACGGAAGUUAAAAGCCCAGUUCUCUCAGGCCCAAAGGCUAAUGUUAUUAGUGAAUUGAACUCAAUCCUGCAGCAAAUGAACAGAGAGAAAUCAUCAAAGCCGGGGGAAGGAUUGGAAUCACCUACAGGAAUAAAAACAGCAAGUCUUAGUACAAGGAGCACAGAAGUCAUGAGCACUGUCUCAGGUACUCGAAGUUCAACCAUCACUUUUACUGUCCGGCCUGGGACUAGCCAGCCAAUCACACUGCAGAGCAGAUCCCCAGACUAUGAUAGUAGGACAUCAGGAGCAAGACAUGCUCCAAGCCCAGUGGUUUCACCAACAGAAAUAAGUAAGGACAUCAUGCCAGCUCCUCUGACUGCUGCUGCUCCAGUUGCAUCUCCUUCUCCAACUCUUUCUGAUGUUUUUAGUCUACCCAGCCAGCCUCCUUCUGGGGACCUCUUUGCUUUGAACACAGGGCGCAGCAGGUCUCCUUCUCCCUCAAUAUUGCAACAGCCAAUCUCAAAUAAGCCUUUUACAACUAAGCCCGUCCACCUGUGGACCAAACCAGAUGUGGCAGAUUGGUUGGAAAGUUUAAACCUAGGUGAACAUAAAGAGACCUUUAUGGAUAAUGAAAUAGAUGGCACUCAUUUACCAAAUCUUCAGAAGGAAGACUUGAUAGACCUUGGAGUGACUAGAGUUGGUCACAGAAUGAACAUAGAAAGAGCCUUGAAACAGCUAUUGGACAGAUAAGAAUGGCUGCUUGCCUCACAAACCUUUGUUAUAAAUAGAGAUGGGCUGGCACUGAAAUACCCCAAAUUUAUUGGCUCCCCAAGAGUACCACUAAAUUAUAGCAUCAGUUCAUCAUUAUAGUUUCUGAUAUGCAAGAGUGUAGAUUGUUAGUUUUGUUCCCAGGAACAUCUCCAAGAAAAUUUACAUUAAAGGGACUAUAUAUUUCAAAAAGGAGGGAAGCAGGAGAGAGAAUAAGGGGGAAAUACUAACUUUUUAAAAAAUGCACAAGGUCUGGUCUUCCUGAAAUUAUUUCUAGAAUUCUUAUUUUUAUUUUUGGGGUAUGGGAGCAGAGCAAUGACAUUCAUCCUUUUGUAUUCAUGAAUUGUUUUCCUGCCCUUCAGAAAUGCCCUUCUGCUUGAACAAUAUUGUGCCAGUUGAUUUUUGGUUUAAGACCCAUCAUUGUUUCUCCUUUCUCAAUAAAGUAUUAUGUCCAGCUAUUUUUGCAAUUUCUGCUUCCCCACCAUCACUCCACAUGGCCACUGCACUCAGUGUCAUGAUUCCUGCAGGUUCUCAGUGCUUUUUCCCAUUCUGAUUCUUAGUUCUGCCAAUUAGAUAUCAUACCAACGUUCACAUUUUUCACAGCACAUUUACUGCUUUCAAUUUACAAUCUAUACAUUCGUGGGGUUCUAAAAGCAGAGAUUUCAAAAAUUUCUUUGUGACAUCCUUUUGGUGUGAUUAUUGUAUUUCUUGGUUUCUCUCUAAUGAAUUUAGUUCUUGUCAUCCAGUGUAACUUGUGUUCUCACAGUUUUCAUUAUUUUUUUGCUUCUCGUCUCUUACUCACACAAUUAGAUCCAGAACUGAAAGAGCAGUUCAUGCAAAGAAACUUAUUUUUAUGCAUAGAUUGCUUUUGCUGGGUCAAAGUGAUCUCAUGUGGUGAGGGAUUCAAUUACUGCUAUGAUCUAAAGUGUAAUUAAAAUAACAAUAUACAUUGUUUCUGCAGUUUUGUAUGUGGAUGCCCAAACCUUUGCACAAGCUAUGUUUAUAAUUACUGUGUUGGGGGGAGAGCUUGGAAAAGUUACUUUUUUGAACUACAACUCCCAUCAGCCCCAGCCAGCAUGGCCACCGGACUGGGCUGAUGGGAGUUGUAGUUCAAAAAAGCAACUUUUCCAAGCUCUGGUUGGGGGGGAGUCAUUCUCAUGUGCAUGAGGAAAGCAGCUCUUGCAGAAUCCACAUGGCAAAAGCCUGUUUUCACAUGCAGAAGUGUAUCUUUAUAUAUUGGCUUGAAAGCAACUGAACUGCAGUUUAAAAGAAACUGAAAGUGAAAAUACAAACAAGGAUAGUGUGCUUUAUAAACCUGGUGGAUAUCUGUUUACAGAUACAAGGAACAAUUUCUAAAAAUGGCAGUCAGGAGGUUCAGUUCAAAAAAUCAGCUUCAGUUUGAUUUAAAAUCUAAAAAUUCUUAAGUUCAGUUCUUCCUUGCCUCGUGAAGUAGAGCAGCAUUUCAGGUGAAUACACUCAUUCCCACAACUUGUGUUUGGGCCAAAAUGAUCAGAUUCGUAUGACAUUGUGUCCAAGAUUGAUGAAAUGGUAAUGAAUUUUUUAGAAUGCAUACGUAGAGUAGUAGUCUUUUUUGUGGGAUAUAUAUAUAGAGAUUUGGUAACCUGUAUGGAGAUUAGCAAUAUUCUCUCAAUUUAUUCUCUCUCCCACUGUAAGUAAUUCCCAUUAGGAAUUUUGUGGUUCCCACCUUCUUGAAGAAUUUAGCCUAUAAUAGAUGGUUAAAUCAUAUUUGUGGAAGGCAUCUAAAUUCUUUCCUUAAUAUGUUCCAGCCUAUCUCUAAUUGUAUUUUCUCACGACCAAGUGUCUAAUUAGGUCUGCAACAGCCCUAGAAUUAGUACAUAAAGUUUAGCAAUUUCAAUAUCUUUCUUUACUGCAAGUUUAAAUAGUUGUACAGAUAGUUUAUAAGCACAAUAUUUUAAGAAUAUAAGUGGCUGGUCUACUGGGCAGCCUUUGUGCCACUUCAGUGCUAGAAAUUUAAAAAAAUAAAACUUUUGUGGUUUACUACUAUUUCUGUGGAAUAAUUAUUAAGUCUUGAGCUUUUUAAAUCAACCUCAUUUGGAUGCAUCUGAACCAGCAGAGCUGUGUUAUAUUUUCUAUCUUUGCUAGAACUUCUUCAGAAGAUGUUUCUUCAAACAUGGUUACAAUUAACAAAUGUAGUGGUUAAUUAUGAAAACUAAUAUUCAUCUCUUUCUCUUCUUCCCCACUUCACUUUCUGCAAAAACUGGUCUUUUGACUUAACAUCUGUUGUAUCCUUCACAGAUUUCUAUUUGCAUUUGAAAGUUCCAAGUAACCUUGUAAUUAAAAUCUAGUUUAAAUGCAAAAGUACUGAAAUUUCCAUAAUUACAUGGAUUAUGUAGAGGAUGACAUUCAUAUAUUCAGUGGCUACAAAAAGCCAUCAAAUAUUUUUGUUUUUUUGUGGGGUUGUAAAAAUGAAAAAGAUAAUUCAGCCAUCAUUGUCUUCCAUUUGGUGAUUUUGCAGAAUUCAGUAAAUAAACCACGAAUGCCAUGCUCUUUUCUGUUUCUUUGAAUGCAGUUGGUGUUACCUCUACAAUACGUGUCAGGAAAUACAUUAGGGCAAAUGGGAGGAAAAUAAAAUAGGGAGAAUUACUUCUAAGCUGCUGUUAAUCAUAACCUUUUAUUUUUUAAUGUACACAGACAUUACAGGUGAUGGUAAUCCCUUUCUUAACAGGGGUCUCUUGAAUAUGUAUCUCUUUCAGGCACUUACAUAGUAGGUACAAUCGAAUUAGUAGAAAAGAGAUUUAAACAUCAAAGAGCUAAUGAAAUAGUUUAUUUUUACAUUGUGUCUUAUGAUUGAAAGAGUAAUAGGGUCUACAAGGAACUGCUUUUAUCAAUAAAAUACACCUUUGCCAAAAUGAAGUAGUCUUUAGCACUGUUUGAUGGUUUUAUCACAGAAAGCAAUAGUAACAGAUAGAGUUGCCUCCUAGCAUUUUUAUCAGUUUUGAAAAUGUUGGGAGCAGGAAUGGCCCUUUUAACCUCCUGCUACUAUGAUGGUGCAAAAUAAGGUGUUAGAGAUAAUCUUGUUAUGAUAUUCCAGAUUUUAGGAACAACUUUUGUUUAUAUACUGUAAUUUAAAUAAAUUGCAUUUACAUGCCUAGUUUCUGUAAUAUUUGUGUAUACAAUACCAAAAUCACACAAGAUGUAAAUUGUGUAUAACUGCACAGACUCCAUUCCCUGGGUGUCUGGGAACAUUUUAAGUUUUAAUUCAUAUAUUAUAAAAUGACUAUAUGUGACUGUUGAUUUACAGAAUUUACAUAUCACAAAAAGCUAACUAUUUGUGGUACUUAAGUUAGUGAUUUUCUGAGUUUCUUUACAAACAAGCAUUACCCAGUUGAUCUGGCAAUGACUCUGUGUAUGAGCCUCUAAUACUGAUUUUCCCAUUACAUUUAUUUUAUUUUCUAGAUGGUAACAUUUCUCGCUAUAGUUUGUGUAACAACUUGUGUUCACGAUAUCUUUGUUGCUGUAAUUUUUGUGCUUUAAUUCCUCUUAUUUUGAUUAAAACAAAAUCAAGCUCCUGUAACUUGCACUUUCCCUAAUCCUUACUACUCUUGUAUGGCAACCAAAAUUAC